AUGGAGUCCAAGGCACAAGAUGGAGGGGCCACGAGGGCAGCCAAUGAAGAUGCAGGUGUCGAGGCCUUUGCAGCAGGUACAGCACGUGGCAACCAAGGAGCCCUGGUGGGCCAGGCCGCUGCAGCAGUCGGGGUGUGGCCUAGGAUGUUCCAAGACAAUGAGCUGGAGGAGUCAGAGAAGUUCUACGUGGGUCAGCCACGCUUCCUGCUGCUCUUAUACGCACUGUACAACACGCUGGUUGCCCGCUCCGAGAUGGUGUGCUACUUUGUCAUCAUCCUCGGCCACAUGGUCUCCACCUCCAUGAUCAGCCUCAUGCUGCCCAUCCUCUUCGUCCUCUGGGCCAUGCUGUCCAUUCCCCGGCCCAGCAGGUAUCUUGCCAAGGAGCCAAUCACAGAGGCAGAAGUGCUGAAUAGUGCCUUCAAAGAUUACCAGGACCAUUUUCUGGUGGUCCUCGGUCAAGCCUCACAGUACCUGCAGCUUGUCUUUGGCUUGGAGGUGAAGGAGGUGGACCCCAGUGAGCAUACCUAUAUUCUGGUCCCCUCGCUGGGCCUCACCCUCAAGGAGAUGCUGAGGGAUGGGCAUAGGUUGCCCAAGGCUAGCCUCCUGGUGGUGAUCCUGUGCCUGAUUGCUGUGGAGGAUGUCGUGUCCCUGAGGAGGAGAUCUGGGCAGCAAUCAGCAAGAUGGGGGGUGCCCACAGCAGGUGACCCCCAUGAUUACUCCCUGGAUCCAAACAUGGAUUCAAGGGAGGCUUUGGAGAAGCAGGGUGACCAACCCGAGAGCCCAAAUCCGGGCUCCCAAGUAUACCUGACCCCACAGGGCCCCAACCCAGAAAUGGUCAACAAGGAAGAUAACAACACCGUCCUUGGGCUGUCCUUCCCCAGGAAGCUCUGGAUGAUCAUGGAGGAUGUGGCCUUCACCUUUGUGCACUGGAACGACAAGGGAGACACUGUGGUCACUGAGGCAAAUCUCUUCCAGAUGGCGGUCCUCCAGUUCAGGGGCGCAGACCAGAUCUACAAGACAGACAGCAUCAAGAGCUUCAUUCGUGAAAUGAACCUGUAUGGGUUCAGUAAAAUCUGCCCUUCGAGAUGCUCUGCAGGGAAGAAGAAGCUGAUGAUCUAUCACAACUUCAACUUUCAGAGAGACAAGCCUCCCCUCCUGCAGAACAUCCGGAGGAAAGGCGACCCCAGAACAACUACUCAGCCCACCACCGGCGCAACAACCACCCCAAAGAGAAAGAAGCGAGUGGUGGAGACCAGAUGCUCUCCUCAAUUCCAUCAUGAGUUCACCCAAAAGACGGACAAGAACGCCCAGAAUGGAACCCCAGAAACCCCCAGCCUGCACUUAUUUCUCUUCUCUGGCCUUUGA